CUUCUCUCACGGUCUAAAAGCAAACGUCUUUCUUGCAGAAAAAAGUAUAAAAUAAUAAAAAAAGUCAAAGAGCACCACCGGAGACUCCGUUUAGAAAAUAAGAAAAAUCCAAAACGCUUUAAGGCCAAGGACCCUGGUAUCCCGAAUUCUUUACCUUUCAAGGAAGAUGUUAUCAAACAUGUAGUUGAUACAAAAAAUAAAUUUGACCAGAUACGCUCCAUAAAUUUACUUUGUCUCAAGCAAUUCAAGGAACCUGAGUUAAAUCAGGCUACCCAAAAAGACCGGCCUUGUCUCACCAGCGAUUUUUUAAAUGUGAUUAAGGAAUCCGAUCUGAUUAUAGAAGUUAUCGAUGCUCGGGAUCCAAUGGGGACGAGGUGCUUUGAAGCUGAAGCAACCGCAUCUAUCCAAAACAAAAAGCUUAUUCUCAUUUUAAAUAAAAUUGAUCUUGUGCCUAAGUCCAAUGCCAUUGCCUGGCUGAAUUACCUACGAAGGUCGUACACGGUUCUUCCUUUCAAGGCUAAUACACAAAAAGGGAAGAAGGGUUUUCUAAGCUCUACAAAUUAUUGGGAUCCUAAGCUUUUUGAUUCAGAAGAGGACGUCUCAUUACGCAAAGGGUUUGGUGUAAACAAGUUAUUGUCAAUAAUAACCAAUUACAGUCGUAAAUAUUUAAACAGACCUGCAAAUAAAGACGAUAAAUCUCCCUCGAUAGAAUCGUCGCAAAGAAUUUUGGUCGGGAUUAUCGGAUUGCCCAAUACAGGAAAAAGUUCAAUUAUCAAUACUCUCAAAAGGCGAAAAGUAGCUAUAGCUGGCAAUUCUCCUGGUAUCACUAAGCGUUCCCAGAUUUUUCAGUUGAGCAGGCAUUUAUUUGUAAUGGAUUCACCGGGCGUUUGCUUUCCCAAGUCUUCUGAUCAAUGUGAUUUAGUUCUCCGAAAUUGUAUC